AGACACAAUAAAGUUUAGAGCUGGACGCUUGCAGGCAGUGGACGCAAAACCAGACCUCUGCUGAGUUCAUAACGGGGAAACAACGCAAUGACUGCAGGAUUCAUCCAAAUGUAGGUUUUUACGCGCGUAAAAACACUUUUACGCACAGAUCUGGCAACCAUUCUCUGGAUAUUUUAAUCUCCUGAAUGGCUCAGAGUUGGAUACUGUAGCCUCCAAAAAAACGCACGGACUGGACUACACGCGCUCCUACUCCUGCAGGAUUAUAAUAAACACGCGCUGCAGGUUUCCAGCGACCUGACUAACUAACUUUGUGUGUUUGAGGAGGAUACAGCAUUUUACAGAGAGAGUGGGCAGCCCGGGAUGAUGGUGUCUUUCAGCUGGGCAGCAGCACUACUGCUCCUGCUCUCCGGGCUGGUCGUGGUGCAGGCUUUCGGCGACGAGGUGGAGGAGAUGACCUGCGAUCCGAUCCGGAUCAGCAUGUGCCAGGGUCUCGGUUACAACGUCACCAAGAUGCCCAAUCUGGUCGGCAACGUGCUGCAGUCGGACGCGGAGCUGCAGCUGACCACGUUCACACCGCUCAUCCAGUACGGCUGCUCCAGUCAACUCAAGUUCUUCCUGUGCUCAGUCUAUGUGCCAAUGUGCACAGACAAGGUUCCCAUCCCCAUUGGUCCAUGUGGCAGCAUGUGUCUGUCCGUCAAGAAAAAAUGCCUUCCGGUGCUCCACGAGUUUGGCUUCAUAUGGCCUGAGGUGCUCAACUGCAGCCUCUUCCCACCUCAAAACGACCACAACCACAUGUGCAUGGAGGGCCCGGGGGACGAGGACCCGCCCUACCAGCCCGUCCGCCAUCCUCCCCACCAGGAGGAGUGUCAGGCACUUGGAUCCGCACCGGAGCAGUACACCUGGUUGAAACAGACCGAAAGCUGCACUCUCCAGUGCGGCUACGACAGCGGGCUCUACCGACGGGGGGCCAAAGUCUUCACGGACGCGUGGAUGGCGGUGUGGGCCGUGCUGUGCUUCCUAUCCACCACUCUGACAGUCCUGACCUUUCUGCUGGAUUCACAGCGCUUCUCCUACCCUGAAAGGCCCAUCAUCUUCCUGUCUAUGUGCUGCAAUCUGUACAGCGUGGCCUACCUGGUACGCUUGACUCUGGGACGGGAGCGUGUUUCUUGUGACCUGGACGCCACCGCAGUACCGAUUCUAGUACAAGAAGGGUUAAAGAGCACCGGCUGUGCCAUCGUUUUCCUCCUGCUCUACUUCUUUGGCAUGGCUUCCUCACUCUGGUGGGUGAUCUUGACCCUCACAUGGUUUUUGGCUGCUGGGCUGAAGUGGGGCCACGAGGCCAUCGAAAUGCACAGCUCCUACUUCCACAUAGCGGCCUGGGCCAUCCCGGCUGUUAAAACCAUCGUCAUCCUCAUAAUGCGACUGGUGGAUGCAGACGACCUAACUGGGCUCUGUUAUGUUGGCAACCAGCAGCAGGAGGCGCUCACAGGCUUCGUGGUGGCACCGCUGGCCACAUACCUUCUAAUAGGCACUCUGUUCAUCUGUGCUGGCCUCGUGGCUCUUUUCAAGAUCCGCUCCAAUCUGCAGAAGGACGGCGCCAAAACAGACAAGCUGGAGCGUUUAAUGGUGAAGAUCGGAGUGUUUUCCGUUCUCUACACCGUCCCGGCGUCCACCGUCAUUGGCUGCUACCUCUACCAGCUCUCCCACUGGGGGGAGUUCAGGGCCAGCACCCGGGACUCGUACGUGGCAUCGGAGAUGCUUCGGAUCUUCAUGUCGCUGCUCGUAGGCAUCACGUCGGGCAUGUGGAUCUGGUCGGCAAAAACCCUCCACACCUGGCAGCGCUGCUCCGCCCGCCUGCUCAGGGAUAGCAGGGCGAGCCGGGGGGGCAAGAGGGCGCCGGGCGAGGGCUGGAUCAAACCGGGGAAAGGCAACGAGACGGUGGUGUGAGGAGGAAGAAAGAGAAAACGGACGGGAACGGACAUGCUUCUCUGUCACUUACAAAAACUCACUCUGCCAAACUAAAGAUGGAGAGGACGAAAAAGCGACAAGAGGGAGGAGCAGGAGUUUCUCAAGGAAGCCACUGGAUGUAAUGGCAUCAAACAAAGCUUGCUGAGAGUCUACAAGCAUGCCUCACCUCUUUUAACUGCCUCUAACAGGGGUUAAGGAGGAGAAAAGUGGAGGAUUGGGGCAUACAUAAGUAGCAACAGUAGCCUCUCUACCUCUGUUAGACUUCCUUUGCCAGAGAGAUAGAGAACCCGAAAAAUGAAGGAGAGAGAGAGACGGAAAGGG